AUGGAACUGGAGAUAAAGGCGCGUCGGCGCAACAAGCUUGACACGAAAAAGGUUCAUAAUGUCGAUGAUAGCGACGAGUCGACGGAUGAUGUUGUUUAUGCCAUGUGGUCAACGUCAGCCCAGGACAGAGUGGAUGCAUUCGUGGUUGAGCUGGCAAUUGACGGGAAGCCGAUAAAAAUGGAACUGGACACGGGGGCCAGUAUAAGCGUCAUGGGCGAAGAUCCUUUUCGUAGACAGCAUCCAAAACUAAGGACCGAAGGUUCCCGCGUCCUGCUCCGAAGCUAUUCAGGAGAGCUCGUAUCAGUGGAAGGCAAACGUUUGGCAAGAUACCGCGACAGGGAUUUGCCGUUAUUCAUUGUGAAUGGCAAGGGUCCUACGUUGUUAGGUCGGACAUGGAUGAAGGAACUCCUAGUGCCUUUGCCCCAGUGGGAACAAGUUAGCGCAAUGUCGGUGCAAGACGUAGUACCGCGACACGCGGCAUUGUUCAAGGGUGAACUGGGAGAGUGUACAAGCGAAGAUUUUCACUCGUUUCACUCAGUAACUCGUUACUGUAACUAA